GUCGCCUCAGCCCGCCCCCUGCUCUCACCCUGGCUGGCGCUCCGCUGCUGCGGUCUCUGCGGUAAGCGCGCGAGGUCUGGCCUGGAGAACCUGCCGGAGUUACCUCGGAAGCUCCACAGAUGUCCCGCAAAAGAGGUGCCGAGCCCGGACCGUUACCCGAGCGCGCCCCGGAGAGAAAGAAGGCCUGCUGGGGCAUUCUGACCAGCCAAGGGUCCUGGGCAGAUCGCUCCCCUCUCCAUGAAGCAGCUUCUCAGGGUCGACUGCUUGCCCUGCGCACUCUGCUGGCUCAGGGAUAUCACGCCAACAUUGUCACAAUCGAUCACGUGACUCCUCUCCAUGAAGCCUGCCUGUCAGGACACGUAGCCUGUGUCAGAGCAUUAAUAAAUGCUGGAGCUAAUGUGAACGCUGCUACCAUUGAUGGCGUCACUCCUCUGUACAACUGUUGUGCCUCUGGGAGUGUCGGUUGUAUAGAACUGCUGCUGCAGAAUGGAGCACACACCCACACAUUGCAAACACACUUCCCCUCGGCUCUGCACGAAGCCUGCAAGAGAGGUGAAUACACAGAACCUGAAGCAUGUAUAGACUGA